CAACUGAUAAAGACUGACUAAACACUGUAUUUAACUUGUGCCGUCCCGUCGCCGUAUGCUAGGCUCACUUUCUGGUGCGAAAAUUCGUACAUUGAGUCACAGUCAGACACCUGUCGAUACUUGCCGAAACACUGUGCGCGGAUGUAAACGGUCAUUUAUCGUCCAAAGCUUCCCUUAACACUUUGUUCAAUCAUAAGACUAGAAAUAUCUCAUUUUCCAAAAUGAGGUCCUCCGCGUUGUUGACUGGCCUAGCCGUGGUCUCGGGAGCACUGGGUGGCAAGAAACGGCUCAUUAUCGACACGGACAUGUUAAAUUUUGACGAUGACCCACUGGCAAUCGGACUAGCGAAUAUACUGCAAAACUGGGGUGAAGUAGAGUUAAUCGGUGUUAUGUCAAGUAUUAAUAGUCGUUACGCUUGUCCGGGCUUUGAUGCUAUAAACACCUACUUUGGGCAUCCAGAUGUGCCAACAGCAAUCCAGAAGCCUGUUGACAACUUAACACAAUGGCCAGAAUACCCUGAGUAUGGAGACUACCUUACCGGUUUGACAUACAAUUUCACCGAAGACAUCCGAGACGGGAGUAAAACCCCGGAUCCGGUGUCCUCAUAUCGAUAUCUCCUCUCAACAUCGGCUGACAACUCCAUCACGAUCGCUGUGAUCGGAUUCUUCGACAAUAUGUUCCAUCUCAUGAACUCCGGCCCUGACCAAAUAUCACCAUAUACCGGCGCGGAGCUGCUCACCUCCAAGGUUCGCGAACUAGUCGUGCAAGCCAACGAUGCAGGGUAUUCAUACAACACGGAUACCCAUAAUGCGACGUUCGCCGAAGCUGUGCUGAACUGGUGGCCGGGAAAGUUAACAUUCGCCUCGGACGACGUCGGUGAAAAUACUAUCAUCGGCACCCGCAUCACCACUGAAUUAGACGUGACGAAGAAUCCUAUCGGCUACGCCUUGCGGACCAACAUUGGGUACGGUCAGAAGCACUACGUCUGGGACGCCGUGGCUGUGUACUAUGCGGUUUGCGGCCUGGACGAUGUAUUCAAAUGGAAGUAUCAGUCCGGACGAGUGAGUUUGAAUGCCUCGGCCUACGCGACGUGGGAGGCCAAUGCGACAAGCCAGCAAAAUUCUAUCGAGUUUAAGAUAUCCAACGCAACAUUCGGAGCAAGGUUAGAGGACAUAUUAUUAUGGGAGCCAAACCACCCUGUGCCACGGAGGACGUAUUGUAAAAAUUAAUCGCUGUUGACCUGAGUCUCAUUAUUACCUAGACAAUGAACUGUUUUGAGACUUGAAGUUAUUUUAGCGUAUUGCGGGGUCCGUAUUCUCGAUCGAUGAGGGGAAUUAUGCUGCUUUUCAAAGUAGGUCUUUUAUCUAUCAAGUUGUGUUGAGAUACAUACCUAGGUAGGUAUAUAACUAGAAUGUUU